AUGCCUGCGCUUUCCUCCCGUGCACCGAUCCAAGGCCAAUGGGUAAUGGUGACAGCUGAUAAUGGUGACAUUUACAAUGUGGCGCUUUGUGCUCGCUCGCCCGCGAACCGUCACGCUGCGCGGCUCGCUAGGGCCGUGACGUCACGACGUGAUUGUUUCGAUGACGAGACCGUGUCACCGUGCAACGGGCGAAAGCUGCUCACAAUCCCGUUU